GCUUUGUCGACGACGCAUUGAAUCGCCGAGGCGACCGCGUCACCACCCGUACCGACGCCAUCGACUCUAUCCGUCCGCUAUUGUGGGUGUUUGUGCUGCUAUUGUGACUGGGCCACAACACGGUAUCGUGAUAAUCGCUUGCCGCCUGCAUCUACGCCAGUUGGCCAGUUACUCUUCAUGUACCCGCUUCUUCGGCAUUCGAUAUCGAGUCGGUCACCAAAGCAACUCGACUUUCUUCGGCAAGGAUCUGCACCAUACCAAAAGCCGGAGAACUCCGAGCCCGCCAGCCCGCGUCGGCAACUACGCUUUCUAGCCUUACUUCGACGUCGAUCUCGAGAUAGAAGUCCCCUAACGGCAAACACCCACCAAGCCCGUCAUGUCAUCCACAUCAACCAAAACUGGCACAGGCUCCCACUCGGGCCCCAAAAUGGUGCCCCGCGAUGACUCCAAGGACGCCAAGAGCGCAGAGGCGAGGAAGACGAAGAACACAGAGCAUAUCAGCUUGGGUCAGUUCCUGAAGGAGAGCGAGGAAGAAGGUGGAGUCGGUGCUGAUGGUGCUGGGGGUGCAGAUACUGCUGGUACGGGUGGCGGCGGGAAAGGCAAUGGCGGGAAGGGCAGUGGUGCGAAUUGAGGAUGGGCCUGAGAGAAGUGGCGAGGUGGGUAUGUGGUGUGGCUGUCAGGGAUAGAGACAUGCCUGCUGACAAAAUUUGCAGGAAGGUGUUGCAUGUUGGGUGAGCAUUGAGGGCGUCGUCCUGAGCUGAUGGGCAAGAGAUCGUGCCGGGCUUGUUUCCACCUUGGAAAGCAGUGCUGCAUUAGUGA